AUGGAAAGACGUAAUCUCACACAUGUCUCAGAGUUCUACCUCAUGAGCUUCUCAGAGGAUCCAGACAUGCAGCCCAUCCUCUUUGGAAUGUUUCUGUCCAUGUACCUGGUCACAGUUCUCGGGAACCUGCUCAUCAUCCUGGCCAUCAGCUCUGACAGCCACCUCCACACCCCCAUGUACUUCUUCCUCUCCAACCUGUCCUUGGCUGACAUCUGUUUCACCUCCACCACGGUUCCAAAGAUGAUUGUGGACCUCUCAACUUACAGCAGGAUCAUUUCCUAUGUGGGCUGUCUGACACAGAUUUCUCUUUAUAUCCUUUUCGCAUGUGUGGAUGACAUGCUUCUGACUGUGAUGGCCUAUGAUCGUUUUGUGGCCAUUUGCCACCCCCUGCAUUAUGCAGUGAUUAUGAACCCUCACCGCUGUGUCUUAUUACUUUUGCUGUCAGUCUUUAUUAGCCUUUUUGAUUCCCAGAUGCACACUUUAGUUUGCUUACAAGUUACUUGUUUCAAAGAUGUGGAAAUUGCUAUUUUCUUUUGUGAACCUUCUCAAUUCCUUGACCUUUCAUGUUCUGAUACCUUAAUGAAAAACAUAGUCACAUAUAUGGUUGGCAUCCUAUUUGGUUGUUUUCCCAUGUCAGGGAUCAUUUUCUCCUAUUAUAAAAUUGUUUCUACACUUCUGAAAAUCCCAUCAUCUAGGGGGAGGUACAAAGCUUUUUCUACCUGUGGUUCUCACCUGUUAGUUGUUUGCUUAUUUUAUGGAACAAGCCUUGGAACAUAUCUUGGUUCAAGUGGAUCAUAUACUCCAAGCAAGGUAAUGGUGGCCUCACUGAUGUACACUCUGGUCACCCCUAUGCUGAAUCCAUUCAUCUACAGCCUGAGGAACAGGCAGAUUCUUAACACCCUGAAAAGACUCCACCUUUGGAAAAUAUAA